CUUCCAGAACCCAACGUCUUCCUCAUCUUCAGCCAUGGACUGCAGGGCUGCCUGGAGACCCAAGGUGGGCAAGUCCGAGUCUCCCCAGCCUGCAAUGCCAGCCUUCCUGCCCAGCGCUGGAAGUGGGUCUCCCGAAACCGGCUCUUCAACCUGGGCACCAUGCGGUGCCUGGGCACAGGCUGGCCGGGCACCAACACCACCGCCUCCCUGGGCAUGUACGAGUGUGACCGAGAGGCACUGAAUCUUCGCUGGCACUGCCGCACGCUGGGUGACCAGCUGUCCCUGCUCCUGGGGGGCCGUUCCAGCAACACGUCCAAGGCUGGCACCCCUGAGCGUGGCGACCAGACCCGCAGCGGCCAGUGGCGCAUCUAUGGCAGCGAUGAGGAUCUGUGUGCUCGGCCCUACUAUGAGGUCUACACCAUCCAGGGCAACUCCCACGGCAAGCCGUGCACCAUCCCCUUCAAAUAUGACAACCAGUGGUUCCACGGCUGCACCAGCACAGGCCGCGAGGACGGGCACCUGUGGUGCGCCACCACCCAGGACUACGGCAAGGACGAGCGCUGGGGCUUCUGCCCCAUCAAGAGUAACGACUGUGAGACCUUCUGGGACAAGGACCAGCUGACGGACAGCUGCUAUCAGUUUAACUUCCAGUCCACGCUAUCCUGGAGGGAGGCCUGGGCCAGCUGCGAGCAGCAGGGGGCGGAUCUGCUGAGCAUCACGGAGAUCCAUGAGCAGACCUACAUCAACGGGCUGCUCACUGGCUAUAGCUCCACACUGUGGAUUGGCCUUAACGACCUGGACACCAGCGGAGGCUGGCAGUGGUCGGACAACUCACCUCUCAAGUACCUCAACUGGGAGAGUGAUCAGCCGGACAACCCGAGCGAGGAGAAUUGCGGAGUGAUCCGCACGGAGUCGUCGGGCGGCUGGCAGAACCGCGACUGCAGCAUCGCGCUGCCCUACGUCUGCAAGAAGAAGCCCAAUGCCACGGCCGCCGAGCCCCCGCCUCCCGACGUGUGGGCCAACGUGAAGGUGGAGUGCGAGCCCAGCUGGCAGCCCUUCCAGGGCCACUGCUACCGCCUGCAGGCUGAGAAGCGCAGCUGGCAGGAGUCCAAGAAGAUGUGUCUGCGGGGCGGGGGCGACCUGCUCAGCAUCCACAGCAUGGCCGAGCUGGAGUUCAUCACCAAGCAGAUCAAGCAGGAGGUGGAGGAGCUGUGGAUCGGUCUCAACGAUCUGAAACUGCAGAUGAAUUUUGAGUGGUCCGACGGGAGUCUCGUGAGCUUCACCCACUGGCACCCUUUUGAGCCCAACAACUUCCGGGACAGCCUGGAGGACUGUGUCACCAUCUGGGGGCCGGAAGGUCGCUGGAAUGACAGUCCCUGUAACCAGUCCCUGCCAUCCAUCUGCAAGAAGGCAGGCCAGCUGAGCCAGGGGGCCGCUGAGGAGGACCAUGGCUGCCGGAAGGGUUGGACGUGGCACAGCCCAUCCUGCUACUGGCUGGGAGAGGACCAGGUGACCUACAGUGAGGCCCGGCGCCUGUGCACCGACCACGGCUCUCAGCUGGUCACCGUCACCAACAGGUUCGAGCAGGCCUUUGUCAGCAGCCUCAUCUACAACUGGGAUGGCGAGUACUUCUGGACGGCCCUGCAGGACCUCAACUUCACCGGCUCCUUCCGCUGGCUCAGCGGGGACGAGGUCAUGUACACCCACUGGAACCGGGACCAGCCCGGGUACAGCCGUGGGGGCUGCGUGGCCCUGGCCACGGGCAGCGCCAUGGGGCUGUGGGAGGUGAAGAAUUGCACAUCGUUCCGGGCUCGCUACAUCUGCCGGCAGAGCCUGGGCACGCCAGUGACGCCUGAGCUGCCUGGGCCAGACCCCACACCCAGCCUCACCGGCGCCUGCCCCCAGGGCUGGGGCUCAGGCCCCAAACUCCGGCACUGCUAUAAGGUGUUCAGCGCGGAGCGGCUGCAGGACAAGAAGAGCUGGAUCCAGGCCCAGAGGGCCUGCCAGGAGCUAGGGGCCCAGCUGCUGAGCCUGGCCAGCUAUGAGGAGGAACACUUUGUGGCCAAUAUGCUCAACAAGAUCUUCGGUGAGUCAGAGCCCGAGAUCCACGAGCAGCACUGGUUCUGGAUCGGCCUGAACCGUCGAGACCCCGGAGCGGGGCAGAGCUGGCGCUGGAGCGAUGGACUAGGGUUCUCUUACCACAAUUUCGAUCGGAGCCGGCACGACGAUGACGACAUCCGGGGCUGUGCAGUGCUCGACCUGGCCUCCCUGCAGUGGGUAGCCAUGCAGUGCGAGACGCAGUUGGACUGGAUCUGCAAGAUCCCUCGAGGCACGGACGUGCGGGAGCCUGACGGCAGCCCGCAAGGCCGACGGGAAUGGAUGCGUUUCCAGGAGGCCGAGUAUAAGUUCUUCGAGCACCACUCCACGUGGGCGCAGGCACAGCGCAUAUGCACGUGGUUCCUGGCCGAGCUGGUCUCCGUGCACAGCCAGGCGGAGCUGGACUUCCUGGGGCACAGCCUGCAGAAGUUUUCUCGGGGCCAAGAGCAGCACUGGUGGAUCGGCCUGCAUACUUCAGAGAGCGACGGGCGCUUCAGAUGGACAGAUGGUUCCGUUAUAAACUUCAUCUCCUGGGCACCUGGCAAGCCUCGGCCCAUCGGCAAGGACAAGAAGUGCGUGUACAUGAUGGCCAGCCGAGAGGAGUGGGGGGACCAGAGGUGCAUGACAGCCUUGCCCUACAUCUGCAAGCGCAGCAACAGCACCAGAGAGCAGCAGCCCCCAGACCCACCACCCACAGGUGGCUGCCCCCCUGGCUGGAGCCAGUUCCUCAACAAGUGUUUCCGAAUCCAGGGCCAGGACCCCCAGGACCGGGUGAAGUGGUCAGAGGCACAGUUCUCCUGUGAACAGCAAGAGGCCCAACUGGUCACCAUUGCAAACCCCUUAGAGCAAGCAUUCAUCACAGCCAGCCUGCCCAAUGUGACCUUUGACCUUUGGAUUGGCCUCCAUGCCUCGCAGAGGGACUUCCAGUGGGUGGAGAAGGAGCCUCUGCGGUACACCAAC